AUGACCAAGGAGGGAGGGAGCACUGGGGAUGGCCAGGAGGACCCUGCAGGCUGCUGGUGGUUCCUGGUCCUCUGGCUGAUGUCGUCCCCCACGACACCCCCCCCACCUCCCUUGGACAUCGAGGGGAGCCUAUGCCGUCAGAUCACUCCUGGAAUCCCGACGGAGUGGCGGUCGGCUCCAGUGCCUGGUGGACUGGGAAAGGCUCAGCUGGCCCUGUCGUCUCCCUCUGGAUCUGGGUGCCCUGACAGCUGCCACUGUGUGUGGGAGAGCAGCAUGGUGCUGUGUACGGAUGCUGGGCUCCAUGAGUUCCCCCAGGGCCUUCCUCUGGACACCGUCAUACUACACCUGGAGAGAAACUACAUCCGCUCGCUCCCUGAGGGAGCCUUCAGGGAGCUGACCCACCUGAGGGAGCUGUAUCUCUCCCACAACCACAUCAACACCCUCUCCUCCGGGGCCCUGCGACACCUGAGCUCAGAGCUCCGUCUCCUGGACCUCUCCCACAACUUGUUACGCCAGGCCAGCCGGGACGAGUUUGGUUCCACGCGGGCCAAGACGCGCCUCUACAACAACCCGUGGCACUGCGACUGUACCCUGCAGGAGCUGGUGGAGACGUUAAAUCUAGAGCCGGAGACUGUCAACGGGAUCAUGUGUGAGAGCUCUGUGAGGAGCUCCGGGGAGGGGAGUCGCUGGGAGGAUCCAGGAGGGGCAGCAGAGCACUCCGGUCAACCCCUGGUUAAGCUGCUUAACUCUGGGGUAAACUUCUGUAGUCUUCAGAGGAAGACAACGGAUGUAGCCAUGCUGGUGACCAUGUUUGUGUGGUUCUUCAUGGUCAUUGUUUAUGUGGUCUACUACGUGAGACAGAACCAGGCUGAGACCAGAAGACAUCUGGAGUAUCUGAAGAGUUUGCCCAGUCCGAGGAAAACACUCACGGAGACAGACACGAUAAGCACUGGUCUCUGAACUAUUUAUUUAUUGCCCUCGUUUAACAAGGUAAGUUAUUGAGAAGACAUUAUUUUUAACAAAAACAACCAGACCAAAAGAAGACCCAAGAGAAGGCCUAAGAGAAGGCCCAAGAUGAGGCCUAAGAGAAGGCCUAAGAGAAGGCACAAGAGAAGGCCCAACAGAAGGCCUAAGAGAAGGCCUAAGAGAAAGCCCAACAUAAGGCCUAAGAGAAUGCCUAAGAGAGCUCAACAUAAGGCCUAUGAGAAGGCCUAACAGACUGCCUAAGAGAAGACCUAAGAGAAGUCCCAAGAGAAGGCCCAACAUAAGGCCUAAGAGAAGCCCAACAGAAGGCCCAAGAAAAGGCCCAAGAGAAGGCCUAAGAGAAGCCCAAGAGAAGGCAUAAGAGAAGACCCAACAGAAGGCCCAAGAAAAGGCCCAAGAGAAGGCCUAAGAGAAGGCCCAACAUAAUGCCAAAGAGAAUGCCUAAGAGAGCUCAACAUAAGGCCUAUGAGAAGGCCUAACAGACUGCCUAAGAGAAGACCUAAGAGAAGUCCCAAGAGAAGGCCCAACAUAAGGCCUAAGAGAAGCCCAACAGAAGGCCCAAGAAAAGGCCCAAGAGAAGGCCUAAGAGAAGGCCCAACAGAAGGCCCAAGAGAAGGCCUAAGAGAAGGCCUAAAGAAAGCCCAACAUAAGGCCUAAGAGAAGGCCUAAGAGACAGCCUAAGAGAAAGCCCAAGAGAAGGCUCAACAUAAGGCCUAUGAGAAGGCCUAAGAGAAAGCCCAAGAGAAGGCCUAAGAGAAAGCCCAAGAGAAGGCCCAACAGAAGACCCAAGAGAAGGCCUAAGAGAAGGCCUAAAGAAAGCACAACAUAAGGCCAAAGAAAAGGCCUAAGAGACAGUCUAAGAGUAGGCCUAAGAGAAGGCCUAAAGAAAGCCCAACAUAAGGCCUAAGAGAAGGCCUAAGAGAGCCUAAGAGAAAGCCCAAGAGAAGGCCCAAGAGACUGCAUUCCAUUGCAACAAUUUAGGGCUACUGUCUGUGGAGAAAUCAAUAUAUUGCACGUCUCUGUAUUGGAUUGGAGAUGGUUGUACUUACAAUUGUUACUUUAAAAUGGCCUCUCAAUAACAACUCUGACUUGAAUGAAAUAAUUACAACAUCUUAUUUUUGUAACUACUAUC